AUGGAAGAAGAAGAAGCAGCAGCAGCAGCAGCAGCAUCGUCUUUGGUGUUCCGCGGGUGCCCGCUGCCUCCCGGGUUCCGCUUCCAGCCCACUGACCAGGAGAUCAUCGUCUACUACCUCAAGAAGAAGAUCGCCGCCGCAGCCGCCGCCGUCACCUCCAUCAUCGCCGACGUCGACAUCUACAAGUUCGACCCAUGGGAGCUCCCGGACAAUGCCGUGUUCGGCGACGGCGAGUGGUUCUUCUUCAGCCCUCGCGACCGCAAGUACCCCAACGGCGCCCGCCCCAACCGCACCGCCGGCUCCGGCUACUGGAAGGCCACCGGCACCGACAAGCCCAUCCUGGCUCCCGGCGGCGCCCACUGCCUCGGCGUCAAGAAGGCCCUCGUCUUCUACCAGGGACGCUCCCCCAAGGGCGCCAAGACCGAGUGGGUCAUGCACGAGUACCGGCUCCUCGACACCAACGCCGCCCGCCUCAACACCUGCAGGCCGACCACCAACUCCAUGAGGCUCGACGACUGGGUCCUCUGCCGCGUCCGCAACAAGCACCACGCGACGUCGUCCUCCCACCACCACCACCAG